CUCGAGGAUGUGGAUGCGUCGGGAUGCGCGUUGCGACCGAGCCAUGGGCCACAAUUAUUAUCUACAAUACUUUUCUCCUGGCGCAUCUCCCUCCUACCAGUGAUACUCACCUCCUUGUAGUAUUAUAACUGACGCGCCAUGGCGACCCUUGUCCGCCCUCCGCCUAUCGAUCACUCGCUAUCAAACAUCGAGAAUGUUCUCGACCUGACGCAAUUGUCCGACAUCGAUCAAGACCUCUUCACAAAUACAAGGCCGCUAUGGCAUCCGCCAGGUGCUCGAGGCAUCUUUGGCGGUGCCGCCAUCGCGCAGACGCUUAGUGCUGCUCAGAAGACGGUGGAUAGCGACUUUACGGUUCACUCGAUGCACUGCUACUUUGUACUUGCCGGCAACGCAGACAUACCUCUAAUCUACCAUGUCGAGAGGGUCAGGUCGGGCAAGUCGUUUGCAACAAGGACUGUGCAGGCGCGACAACGGGGGAAGGUCAUCUUUACAACCACCAUGAGCUUCGUCCGACAGAAUAGUGGAGGAGAGCAACAAGUGGAGCACGCAUAUCCAAUGCAAGACGUGCCUGGACCUGUCGAGGACAUGGACGAUCUGGAAGUGAAUGGCGGCCACAGUCCUUUCCAAAGCCAAAGGAUGCCAAUCGAGAAUGAUGAUUCGGACCACGCUCACCUCAAGAAAUGCAGACAGUGGGUGAAAGCACGCGGCAAGAUAUCGCCCGCGGGUGGUCAUGAAGCGCAUCUCUCUGCCAUAGCCUACAUGUCAGACAGCUAUUUCAUUGGCACCAUCGCCCGAGCUCACAAGCUCUGGAGAUAUUCUACACAACGCAAGAGCAAUGCCAAGUCAAGUAUCGACGAGGAUAUGCUCAAGAAGCUUCUCGCUAUGGACGAUGCCGAAUUGAGGCGCAUGAAGUUUAUGGAUGAGGCAGAUAUUCAGCGUAUCCAGAGGCUAAAGAAGGGCGAGGACAUCACGCAGGAUGCCACGCCAGAGAUUGGCAUGAUGGUCAGUCUGGACCAUACAAUAUACUUCCACAAUCCUCGUAACUUUAGAGCCGACGAGUGGAUCUUCACGGAGAUGGAAACGCCAUGGUCUGGUGAUGGCCGCGGACUUGUAUUCCAGAGGAUGUACACACAAGACGGAACUUUGAUUGCGACUUGUGUACAAGAAGGUGUCGUGCGUUUGCGGCAAACUGAGAGCAAGCUGUAGAUAAUAAGACAAAUUUUGUAUUCGAUUCUGUAUUCGAUUCUGUAUUCGAUUCUGUAUUUUCGGUCUCCGGCUAGUAUCUCUCUGAGGCCUUCUUCUAGUUCAGUACAAUAGCGUUUGCGAUUUGAACAUUUUCUGCGCAAAGAGCACACAUUUUUAGACAACUAUUCAGAAAAAUUAAUUGCUUUUCUAC